AAAUCCCUUUACUUCGUAGACCACCCAGUACAAAGCCAACAUCUCUCUCUCUCUCUCUGCGUUUGUCUCUGGGGUGUGAACGUGAGCUUGCUCCCAUGGCAUCUAAAACUCUGACCGAGUACGAGCGCCGAAGGCUCGAGAACAUAAAACGUAAUGGCGAGAUGAUGGCUUCUCUGAAACUCCGUUCCAGAGCUCAACAACUCUCUUCUGCAAUCAAGCGUGAUAGAGCUGAGAAAAAGGUUUAUAAGAUCUCCCCUAAAAAGAAACUCAAAACCGAAACCCCAGUUGUAAUCCGGCGGUCUCUGCGUGCCCGAGGAAUACCGCCCGACUCAAAAUCCGCAAAAGGCCUCGAAGACGACCUUGUUCCCUCCCCCAAGAAGACCUCCAAAUCUCCUCCUGAACUGAAGCCUUGCCGCAGAACCUUGGGUCCCAUCAGUAUGCGAGAUGCUUAUAGCGGAAUUUCAUCUGACCGGCACCUUAUAGAUAUCAUCAUGAUAAUGUCGGAAAACGCUCCAUUGGGCUCCUCAAUCAACAGGAAGACCUCUCCAAUCAAAACGGAACCUUCCGGUGAUAAUGGUUCUCAGGAAGCGGUGGGUAACUCAGAACGUCCUCCAUUGAGUCGUGCGGUCAAGGAGGAGGUUUGCCCAGUUAAGGGGGAGCCUACCAUGAACGGGAGCUCUCACGAUUCAGUGACGAAUGUGUCAGAAAAUCAUAUGAACGGGAGAAAAUCCUGCUCAAUCAAGACGGAACCUUCCGAUCAUAAUGGCUCUCAGGAAGCAGUCAUGGGUAACUCGGGAAGUCCUCCAUCGAGUUAUUCAGUCAAGCAGGAGGUUUGCCCAGUUAAGGGGGAGCCUACCAUAAACGGGAGCUCUCACGGCUCAGUGACGGGUGUGUCGGAAAAUCACUCUUUUGGUCGAUUGAUCAAGAGAGAACCUGAUGAGGGUGGGAGUUUUUGUCACAUGACCAAAGGCAUAGCAGAAAAUGUUGCAUUUAGUUGCCCAACUCCAAUCAAAAAGGAAAAGGCUGAAGCUGGUGGUUGCUUUAAUUGGGUUUCCCUGACAUUGAAACCGGAGAAUAUUGCACGAGUCAUGCCUGGAAGGAUAUUGAAUGUGCUAUUCUUUCCUACCAAGGACCGAACGCUUAUUGUUGCUGGAAACAAAUUUGGAAAUCUUGCAUUUUGGGAUGCUGACAGUGAGGGGGAAGGAGAUGGGAUCUAUUUGUAUAGCCCCCACUCGGGUCCCAUCUCGGGAAUUUUGAUUCAACCAUAUUCAUUGUCUAAGGUUUUCACCAGUUGCUAUGAUGGAUUCAUUCGUUUGAUGGAUGUUGAAAAGGAAUCAUUUGAUCUGGUUUACUCCACUAAAGAUGCUAUUUUUUCUCUUUCUCAACGUCCAUGUGAUGCAAGGUCAUUGUAUUUUGGUGAGGGUCAAGGAGAGUUGCAUGUUUGGGAUGAGAGAGCAAGAAAAUUCUCAGGUUCAUGGAUAUUGCAUGGUCAAAGGAUCAACUCCAUUGACUUCAACUCACAAAAUACCAAUUCGAUGGCUACGUGUUCUACUGAUGGGACAACCUGCAUCUGGGAUUUGAGAUGUGUUGGUAAUGAUGGGCCAAAAAACCUCAAGAGGUUUAACCAUAACAGAGCUGUUCAUUCUGCUUAUUUCUCUCCUAGUGGAAGCUAUCUUGCAACAACAAGCAUCAAUGACACGGUUGCAAUAUUUAGUGGGGUUGAUUUUGAGAAUGUUUCUCUGAUCCAACAUAAUAAUCAGACUGGUAGAUGGCUGUCCUCCUUCAGAGCAAUAUGGGGUUGGGAUGAUUCUUAUCUCUUCAUUGGCAAUAUGAAUAGGGGAGUUGAUGUUAUCUCCACCAUCCAAAGGAGAAUAACACAGACUUUAGUGAGCCCAGACAUGUCUGCAAUUCCAUGUCGGUUUGCUGUACACCCAUACCAGGUUGGGGCAUUGGCAGGAGCGACAAGUGGGGGACAGGUUUAUAUGUGGACACCAAGUUAGGAAAAUUUAAGAAUUAAGAUGCUCUUUAUAGCAGAAUCUGCAAUCUCAGAGCGGGUGGAGUGACGUACAUUUUUUGUGCAAUUUACGCCACAUUUUUGUGCAAUUUCCCCAUUACAGAGCAAGAUCUCAUUUAUGUAAAUGUGCAAGAGCAAAGACUUUCUUUCUGGUAAAUUUGCAACUGGGAGUCAGAGACCAUCUACGUCACUUGUAUAAUUAUUUUGUCAAUAUUUGAUAAACUUGCACUUCUUUAGAAAUCGUGUUACUAUUCUAGCAGAAUCAGCUAAACUGUUGUGAGAAGAAAUGCUUUAGAACCAAGGAUCAAAAUAUCGAUA